AUGGAGGAAUUAUGUAGAAAUUUAGACACGUACUACGAUAAAGAUAAUGAAUACAAGGUUUAUUUAAAUGGAUUGUGUGACAGAAUCCGUCCAACUUUAGGAGAAAUUAGAGGAAUUAUUUUGGCUAAGGAUACAAAUGAUGGUAAGAGAAAACAUAAAAUAAUUCUUGGAGAGUAUAAUGAAGAACACAAGAAUGUAAAGAGCAUUUUAAAAGAAGAUAAGAACAAGCACGGGAAAAAUGGCGAAACGAUUUUUGAAGACGACGAUGACGAGCAUAUGAUAAAUGGGAAAAAUAUUUUAAAAGAAGAGGAGGAUGAUUCUGAGAGUAAGCAAGUUAUUUUUGAAAAAGUCAGUAAGAAUUUGUGAAUAAAUAGAUUUUGUUUUGAAAAUGAAAUAAGAAAAUA